CUGUGCCAGGGUUGCUUCUUCAGGGAGAGGGGCACAGUCCGUACCCCGCGUAUCGCAUCGCGUUUUCCAAGCAGGCAAGAUCCAGCCGCAAGAUGGCUACAUAUGAAAUCGAGCACAAUACCACCGACAUCUCGUCGCAACCUACCUCCCGACCCCGCCGUCCCGAUCUCUCCACCUUCUUCGCGACUCUAAAUGAAAUAACCCCCAAUCCAGCAGAGUCACGGACGAGACAGCAUGCCGUCCCAGUUCCCGGAGAUGUGAGCGCCGCCUUUCGCACGCUGGCAGAGGCGUUCGAUGUCAUGAGACGGGAGCACGAGAUUGGUGAUCACGGCAACCCAGCCGCAGGAGAGGGACAGGAGGAUGGCAACGGACUAUUGACGCAGAUGAUUCAGGCGUUGCUACAGGGGGCAGAAAUGCCACCCAAGGAAGUUGAGGGCGUGAGUGAGCAGUUUUGCGAUGAUCUCGAUCGCAUCCCUCGAAAAUCCCUCACUUCGUCGCAGACCUGUCCGAUUUGUAAUAAUCCCUUCCUUGAUGACCCUUACCCGCUCGUCGUCCGCUUGCCCUGCCAUCCUACGCAUCUCUUCGACCUCGAAUGUAUACGGCCAUGGCUGCGUCUGCGCGGUUCUUGUCCUCUGGACCGGACAGAUUUUGGCAAGAAGGAGCGCGAGCGCGAGGCAGAGCGGAGAAAACUGGCAGAGAAGCUGGCGGCUGAGGAGGAUGAGGAUGAUUUGGACGGGAUGUAUGGUUAGAAUGGGCGGCGUGUCGAUUAUAAAGGAGAUAUGAUUGGGGAGGUCUCUCUGAGCACUGCAUAACAUGGUGUUCGUUUUGCAUCAGGCGACAUGGCGUUGGUCGAGUAGUGGUUAUAGUUAUCGAACCUAGGGGAUGAGGGGGUUGUGAAAUGAGU